AUGUCUGACCGGCGACGAAUUAAUGGGCCAGGCGGUCCAACCAACCCUCCUAUUUACGAUGAGGAUCUAUCUCUCUCGCCAGUUCGCAAUAGAAACGAUAGCGAUGCUCGACCAUUUUACCUAAAAACAGGCGUAACGCCAUCUGCAUCGGGCUCAGCCUACUUCGAAAUCGGCCAAAGCACAGGAACGCACGGCUUUGGUAUGAAAUUCACCUGCACGGUACAUGGACCUCGGUCUCUUCCACGAUCAGCGCCGUUCUCUCCUCACAUGGUACUAUCCACUCAUGUUAAGUAUGCGCCGUUUGCCACUCGCUAUCGCAGAGGCUAUCUCAGAGAUGCCAGUGAGCGUGAUCUGAGUAUACAUCUAGAAGCUGCCCUGCGCGGGGCCGUCAUUGUCGAUCGCUGGCCGAAGAGUGGUGUUGACGUUGUCGUCACGGUAGUGGAGGGCGACAUGAGUCGCCAAGCAACCAUCGAUCAAGGCCUUGAGGACUGGAACACCAUGUUUGUACUGAGUGGAUGCAUUACUGUCGCCGCUGCAGCAAUUGCUGACGCUGGAAUCGAUUGUGUUGAUGUCGUUGCAGGCGGUGUAGCAGCACUCGUUGUGAACAGAGGAAAUCCAGAUGAGCAAGCAAUAGUCAUGGACCCUGUUGUCUCCGAACAUGAUACCGUUCUAGCCGCUUGCUGUGUGGCAUAUUUGCCCACUCGAAACGAAAUUACCAACCUUUGGUACAAAGGGUCGUUUUAUACUUCUGAGCUCACCUCAUACCAAUCUCUGGUGUCGAACGCAGUCCUUGCAAGUAAGGCAACAGGAAAAACAAUGUUAAUGUCUCUUAAUGAGGCAAUUCCAUCGGUUUGA